GUUUACCUGGCUGCCAUGUGCUCACACCCCGUGGGGACUGUGGGGUGGGGUGGAGGACGGGAGCCCAGCUGGAAGGUGCCCAGCCUCCUCUGCCUGUGGACUGCACUGCCUCUGAGGGAACUGGGGAAAGUGUUGGUCCUGGAGGCUCCCACCAGCCUCUCCUGUGGUGCCCCCAGUGCCCUCUACUCCAGAGCAGGGGGAAGAAGCUUGGUGUGGUUGUGGGAGUUCAGCGGCCCAUCCCUGUUUCCCGCUGCCCAGUGUGUGGCCUUGGGCACUGCACCUCACCUUUCUGGGCCUCAGCUGCUUUGUGGAGAGUGAAAGCGUUGAAAUAGACAACCUGCAAGGUCACUGGGCCUUUGAGAUGGCAUCAGUGAGAAGCAGCGGUGGGACGCACACACAUAGAUCUUUAGACGUGCCCUGGGUGAGGCUCUCCUGCCCUCUGCCCCACGCAGUUUCUGCAGAGCCCAGAAUUGCCCAGCAGUUCGGUGGCCAUGCCCGGCUGUGGAAUGCCCGGCUGUGGCCAUGCAUUCAGCCACUGUGGCCAUGCACGGCUGUGGAAUGCCCGGCUGUGGCCAUGCAUUCAGCCACUGUGGCCAUGCACGGCUGUGGAAUGCCCGGCUGUGGCUAUGCAUUCAGCCGCUGUCUGCCUAAAUGCCUAGCCAGCUAACAUGCCCACCCAGGUGGCAUGCCUACUGGAGUAUCAUCAAGCUUGUUGGGAUAUCAUGCCUGCAUGAGUAUCUUGCCUACUCGGGUACCAUGCCUGCCUGCUAACAUACCUACGCAGGUACCAGGCCUGCCUGGGUACCAUGCCCAUCUGCUUAUACCCCCCAGCUGUCAGUUCAGCCUGUGUACCGUGCCCAACUGCCAACAUACCCACUGGGUAUCAUGCCUGCUUAGGAUAUCAUCAAGCUUAUUGUGCGGAUGACGGAGGCUUUGAGAGUGGUGCGUACAACAACAGCGCCAUCGCCACCCCGCACCUGGACGCCUUGGCCCGCCGCAGUCUCCUCUUCCGCAACGCCUUCACCUCGGUCAGCAGCUGCUCUCCCAGCCGCGCCAGCCUCCUCACUGGCCUGCCCCAGCAUCAGAAUGGGAUGUACGGGCUGCACCAGGAUGUGCACCACUUCAACUCCUUCGACAAGGUGCGGAGCCUGCCACUGCUGCUAGGCCAAGCUGGCGUGCGCACAGGCAUCAUCGGGAAGAAGCACGUGGGGCCGGAGGCCGUGUACCCGUUUGACUUUGCUUACACGGAGGAGAACGGCUCCGUCCUCCAGGUGGGACGGAACAUCACCAGAAUUAAGCUGCUCGUCCGGAAAUUCCUGCAGACUCAGGACGACCGGUCUUUCUUCCUCUACGUCGCCUUCCAUGACCCCCACCGCUGCGGGCACUCCCAGCCCCAGUACGGAACCUUCUGUGAGAAGUUCGGCAACGGAGAGAGCGGCAUGGGUCAUAUCCCAGACUGGACCCCCCAGGCCUAUGACCCACUGGACGUGCUGGUGCCUUACUUCGUCCCCGACACCCCGGCAGCCCGAGCCGACCUUGCCGCUCAGUACACCACCAUCGGCCGCAUGGACCAAGGAGUUGGACUCGUGCUCCAGGAGCUGCGUGACGCGGGUGUCCUGAACGACACACUGGUGAUCUUCACGUCCGACAACGGAAUCCCCUUCCCCAGCGGCAGGACCAACCUGUACUGGCCGGGCACUGCUGAACCGUUACUGGUGUCAUCCCCGGAGCACCCAAAACGCUGGGGCCAAGUCAGCGAGGCCUACGUGAGCCUCCUAGACCUCACUCCCACCAUCUUGGAUUGGUUCUCCAUCCCGUACCCCAGCUACACCAUCUUUGGCUCGAAGACCAUCCACCUCACUGGCCGGUCCCUCCUGCCAGCGCUGGAGGCCGAGCCCCUCUGGGCCACCGUCUUUGGCAGCCAGAGCCACCACGAGGUCACCAUGUCCUACCCCAUGCGCUCCGUGCAGCACCGGAACUUCCGCCUCGUGCACAACCUCAACUUCAAGAUGCCCUUUCCCAUCGACCAGGAUUUCUACGUCUCACCCACCUUCCAGGACCUCCUGAACCACACCACAGCUGGCCAGCCCACAGGCUGGUACAAGGACCUCCAUCAUUACUACUACCGGGCGCGCUGGGAGCUCUACGACCAGAGCCAGGACCCCCACGAGACCCAGAACCUGGCCGCCAACCCGCGCUUUGCUCAGGUGCUGGAGAUGCUUCAGGCCCAGCUGACCAAGUGGCAAUGGGAGACCCACGACCCCUGGGUGUGUGCCCCCGACGGCGUCCUGGAGGAGAAGCUCUCUCCCCAGUGCCAGCCCCUCCACAACGAGCUGUGACCCUCCCAGGAGGCCUGUGCACACAUCCCAGACAUGUCCCUGUGGCCGGCCAGCCUGGGGAGCACUGACAACAGCGCUUCCGUCUACACUCCCGUCCAAGGAGGGUUCUUCUUUCCUGUGGGGUCACUCCUGCCAGUGCCUGGAGGGGGACCAGAGCAUGUGCCCAGCCCCUCCACCACCAGGGACACUGCCGUCGUGGCAGACGACACGGCCGUCCUCAUGUCUGAACCACUUCCCAGCACGGGAAUUCUAGACGUGUGUGAUCUGUGGACAGGGCAGCACCCCCAGCCCAUGACAAGGGAGUCUUGUUUUCUGGCUUGGUUUGGGGACCUGCAAAUGGGAGGCUUGAGGCCCCCUUUAGGCUUUGGCAGCCACAGAUACUUAUGAGCCCUUCACGGACAGCAGGCAAGGGCUUCGGUGCCGCGUGGGCAGUACACAGGUCCCGCCCACACUCACCUGGGCGCACAGCGCCUGGCUCUUACCAGCGUCUGGCCUAGAGGAAGCCUUUGAACAACCUUUGGGCAGGUUUCUGCUGCUUCUGUUUUGCCCCAUGGUCAAGCACCUGGUCCCCAGGCAGGUUUCAGCUGAUUGGCGGCAGGCUCCCUGAGUAAUGAGCUUGAACCUGUGGUGCUUCUGGGCAGAAGCUUAUAUUUUUUUGAGAGUGUCCAAAGAUGAAGGUAUGGCAAUGCCCGUCCUCUGACUUGGGUUAAUUCUUGGGUGGCACUGGCAUUGCUGGGUGGCGAUGCCCAUCCUCUGGCUUGGGUUAAUUCUUGGGUGGCGUCGGCGUUGCUGGGAGACUGCGCCAUUCCUGCCCUGCCUCCGCCCACCUCAGGAGCAGAAGCCCGGCCUGGACACCCCUCGAAGGAGAGGGCGCUUCCUUGAGUGGGUGGCUCCCCUCGCCCUUCUCUCCCCAUCACUCCAUACUGGGGUGGGCUGGAGGAAGCCAUAGGCCAGCUAUUGUAAAAGCUUUUUAUUUUAGUAAAAUAUGCAGAAGUUC